AACAAGUUUAAGAUGAUCUUUCUAACAAUUGCGCAACCAGAACAACACUGAGAACAUUUAGUUCCAUCAUUAAUGUAAGCAGUAAUACAAUCAUCAAAAGGGAGUAAGUUUAAACUGGUUGUAAUGAACAGCUCUUUACAUUUUUGCAAUGAGAUGUCUCUCACAAAUUAUUUCUAAGAUUAGGCCUUGGAUAUUGUAGGGAUUUAUUGUACAAGACAGUAGGAAUACAAGAAAAACCUUUCAUUGCAUAACUGUUCAGGUUUUCAAAGGAUUAGUUCAAUUAAACACAUGAGAGGACAGUCUGAUUCAUUACAACAGCACUCUGUAGCAAAAUAUUCACGACGCUUUAAUAAAACUACAAGCACUGUAACAUUAAGAAGCAAGGAUAUGAUUAGUAUACAUUACAAACGCUUGUAAAUUAUUCAUACAAUGCUUCAACUUUAUAAGAAUCUCAAUUACUUAUGA